AUGAUAUCCGCUUUACGACAUCAGCGUCGCCUCAGAAGUGCAACAUCCCCUGGACAUGGAUAUACGAAAAAUUUAGUUUGCUUGGGCGUCGAUACUAAUUCAGACAUAGUAAUCAAAACCAAAGACAAUUUUACUAUAUCCGGUGCCUACAGUACAUCUGUAAAUACGAACGCUCAUGUGGCUAAAUAUGAGAUUAAAAUCAACAGCAAUGCCAAUUGUCAGACUAACACAAUGAACACCACAGUUGUGACGACUUGUUUAGACUCCGACGCCUUCUUCAACGACACAUCGUCGGCUGUAUCUACUUCAGUCUGUAACGAGUCAGUUUACGGAAACACAACCUUUAACCCUCCAUAUAACCUGCCUCGUUUAAGCGUGGAGAUACAAAUAGCCUUAUACGCUAUAAUCUUCGUCUUAGCAUUUGUGGGAAACCUUUUAAUUAUCAUCACUCUAAUUCAGAAUAAACGUAUGAGGACAGUAACCAACGUUUUCCUGCUGAACUUGGCCAUCAGCGACAUGCUUCUGGCUCUUGUCUGUAUGCCUUUUACCCUAGUGCCUGUCAUACUUAUGGAUUUCAUCUUUGGGAAAUUCAUGUGUGUUUUCAUCAGGUAUCUACAAGGUAAGAAACUCGUUUAUGUUUGCCUUUUUGUACCUGUUAGUAUCGAGCGAUUAUGUUUGCCUUCUUUUACGAUUUGUUACAUUCGAGCGAUUAUGUUUGCCUUCUUUCACCACCUGUUACAUUUUAGCGAUUAUUGUUGCCUUUUUUCAGCACCUGUUAUAUUCGAGCGAUUAUCUUUAUACUCUUUCUCGACCUGUUACACUCUAACGAUUGUGUUUGCCUUUUCUGUACGGCCACCUU